ACGUGGUGUAAAUAACAAAACAAUUUAUAAAAGGCAAACGCCAUUAGCAUCAGAUUAUUCCGAUUGGGCACGAAAUGAGUGAAAUUGAAAUGAUUGGUUAUUAGAGGCGCCUUAUUUUUCAAUUUCUGUUGACUAUAGAGAAUGUGGUGUUAAUAUUACAAUAUUCAAUUUGUGUUAUAUUAUCUGUGUUAAAUAACAGUAUCACAAUCACACAAUGUCUACAUCAUUGUUUUUCGUGAAUACGGAUUCAAACGAAGAUAAAGGGGAAACACAAUGUGUAGAUGAUCAGUCUCAGACACAGAGCGAGGCUCAACUAGCUCUAAACCAAUUUUGGUCUAAAUCAAUGGAUGAAAUUCGAGCUAUUCGUGUUAUGGAUCUCAAACAACAAGUCCUUCCACUGGCUAGAAUAAAAAAAAUAAUGAAACUUGAUGAAGAUGUUAAAAUGAUAAGUGCUGAAGCACCUCUCUUAUUUGCAAAAGCUGCAGAAAUAUUUAUACAUGAAUUGACCCUGAGAGCAUGGAUACACACAGAGGACAACAAGAGGAGAACUUUACAAAGAAAUGACAUAGCUAUGGCUAUAACAAAAUAUGAUCAAUUUGACUUUCUCAUUGACAUAGUUCCCAGAGAUGACAUUAAGCCUACUAAAGUCAGGGAGGAGGGUCCCAGCCGUUCCAGUACAAAUCCAGAUCAGGUCCACUACUAUUUCCAGCUUGCUCAACAACAUCAUGCCAAUUUACAACAAAACAAUGCUUCUGGUGCUUCUGGCACAGCAGCAAAUGUGACAUCUCCUCAAGGAACCAUACAAAUUGUACAACCACAACAAGUCCAAGCUGUGCAAGUCAAUACCAUUGAACAGAAUGCAGAAUCUGGUUCAUCACCAGCUGCAAAUGCAUCACAGACCCCAGUGAUCUUACAACAAGGUCAAGCUCUACCUCAGAACCAGGGUAAUGUACAGAUAAUACAGCAAAUUGUUACACCUAGUGGAGAAGUUCAACAGAUACCUAUCCAGUUGACCCCUCAGCAGCUUCAAAUGAUAAAAAUGCAGCUUCAGGGCAACUCCUCACAACCAGUCAUUAUUCAGACUGCUCCAAUAGCAGCAGGGGGGCAACCUCAAUUAAUACAGGUGGCACAACAAAAUUCAGGGGCACAGCAGGUAUUCAUAACACAAGGCAGUACAAGUACAGACAAUGAAUAAAAUAAAUUGUUUGAAACUUCAUUCAUCUCAAUAAAACCUCCAUUAUUUAUUAUAUUUUUAUUAAGAAUCAACACUUAAAAUAUUUAUAAUACUAAGUUUUUACAAUAUUUUCAAGUAUAAUACAAAUAUAAAUACUUAUUUCAGACAUGUAUACAUAUAUUGUUCCCUUAAACUUCUGAGAAACCCAAAAAUAUUGUAACAAGAAUAAAAGCUCUCAUCUAUUUGCACAUCAAUAAUUUUGUGACAAUACAGAUUUGUUUCAAAAUAAUGAAUCCUCUUAAAAAUAUUCACAUCAUUCUUGUGAAAAUACUAUUCUACAUAAAAAAUUUAAGUACAUUAUAAUACAAAUUUAAGAUUAUAAUACUAUAAUGUUCCAAUCUCCUAAUUUAAGCAAAAAUGUCCAUAAACAUAAACUCAUUACAAUUCGUCAACAAUCAAGUAUGUGUUAUUAUAUAUAUUCUCCCAAUAAAGUUCUGCGGAUUUUUUAUCAAAAAUUUCCCAAUAUCACAAGGGACUCCAUAAACAACUGACAGAAUGAUAAAAUUUAAAGCUUCAACAGUAUUAUACAAUUUCUCUAUACACUCACAUUUAAGGCAAUAUUUGAUGAAACAUUGGCACUUGGCAGUCUUAAUUAUCAUAUUUCUACAUAGUUAAUCUUUUGGUGCCACAAAAAAUCUCACAAGUGUAAGUAGCAUGUGUUUUACAAAACAUCAAUAUCAAUACAGAUUUUGGAUUUUGUCUCUGAUUUCUUAUUGGGAUUUUUCAAUGCAUUGGAAUCUUUUAUCUGUUCUUAUAUUAUAAUUUCUACUGUGAAAAUUCCGCGUCAGAAAUUUGAUCGAAAAAUGUUGUAGAAAUAAAACUGGGAGAUCAAAUUAUUGAACCAAGCAUGGUAAAUGGCGAUGGUGAUUGAUCAGUGUAAAAUUCAUAAAAAAAUGAGAUGUGUAUUUUGCUAUAAAAGUUUUGAGAAUUUCAAAAUAACCCUAUAUGUGUAAUCUAAUUCAUUUCUUGAAUACUAAAUUGCAAAAUAUGAAAUUUUAGAUCUUUCAAAUUCGAAACUAACCCAUCAAUUUCGGUGUCUCGCGAGAUUAAUGUUUUAUUGUAGAAAAAUAUUUGUAUUGCUGCAUAUCUACAUUGCAAAGUGAGUGAACGAAUUUUUAGCAGACUCAAUAGCUAUUUAUACAUCAUGGUAAUAAGAUUAUUAUUACUAUUCAGGCAACACCAGUCGGUCAUACUUAGUGCCUUAUAAUGGACUAGAAUCCAUCGAUGAAACUUCCCCAUUCUGUCUCCUGGGCCUUUUAUUUUUGAAUUAAGGAAACUAGUCUGCCCAGAGAAAAGUGGGCCAAGAGAAAUUGGAACUCUGUUCUGUCUUCUCUCAUACUCCACUGAAAAAGCAGUGGAAAGCGACAUUGCAGAUAUUUUACACCCAGCAUUCCCUCUAGUCAAUGAAUUUACGUACGCGAAUCCACCUCGCAUAACUACUGGAGUGAUCCACUGGAUUUUCAGUCUUGCUGAUAGCACUUAGUAGAAAAGAGCCCAAAUUAUACGAAGUAUUCCUUCCACGUUUGUUGAGAUUCAUGUGUGUUACUUGAUGAGUAUUCCUUGCAAAAAAAAAUGUUGAGGCCACGUUUGGUCUAGGAAUUGUACCCUGAUUCGCCAAUAGCACAGCCAAUAGCAUGGCGAGUUUUGCUGUAUGCGCAUGCAAGUAGCUGUAAAUGCAUCCAAGACAGGGGAAAAAAAGGCGACAAUUCGAACUAUUUCUUGGAUGAAUAGUGGUUUGUUCACAUUUUCAUAAUCAAAUUCGUGUUUUUUAGACUGAAAUAUGUAGCAAGACAAGUUUUAGAAAAAAAUACCCAUCGCAUGAUAAGUGCAGAGUAACCCAAUAUUACAAAUUUCAUCGGUAGCAUUGCCGAAGCCCAGCAAUAAACUGAGUUUGAUGUGAGCAGAUUCGAGUCAUUAUCCAUCGGAUUUCUAGCCAGCUGGCCAGCUAAAAACCAUGUCCCCCUCAAAUCGUGUUUUAUAUCUAUUAUUUAUUAGUACAAAAUUUCUUAUAUCGAUAUCUCGGCGAUUGUUUAUUGAGAAUAUUAAUCGCCUUGUAUCUCAAUUCUCGAAUAUUCCGCGAAAUAGAGUCAAACUCUGUGUAGUGGCCCAACGUGUUCCAGUUUCGGUCGAGAAAGAGCAGUCCUGGCAAUAGAACUACUCAAUCAAAUCCAAAACUCCAAUCAAUGGAUAUUUAGUAAUCCCAGAAAUACAGUCCACUUCCCAGAAAGCAGGAGAUUGGUGGUUGCAACCCCGAACAGCUGGGAAAACCUACACAAUUUGGGAAAGAACGAAAAUCAAGGUAGGCCAUCUCGCGCUGUAAUUUGACUCUUCGUUUUGUUCACAUUUUCAUUAUCAAAUUCGUGUUUAUCGAGACCAAAAUACGUAGGUAACAAAACAAUUUUUC